ACAAUGCAAUUAAAAGUCGUCUUAGUCAUUUAUUGCAUUAAUUUACUUCAAAAUUUCCGCGAAACAGCUGCUUACUUCUCAAACACUCGCAUCAUUGGUGGCGACAAAGUCUCACGUCAUCAAUUUCCCUACCAAAUAUCUCUGCAUCUGAAUGGAAAUUACCAUUGUGGCGGCGCCCUGAUCGAAGAUAGUUGGCUGUUAACAGCGGCACAUUGUUAUCAUGCCAAUUAUUUAGAAAUUUCGGUUUUUGCUGGCGUCUAUGACUUACGAAUGGCGCAUGUAACAGGUCAACGAAGGAAUGUCGUUAUGUUUCACAUGCACGAAGACUAUGACGGCGGAGUUGGUGCUGAUGAUAUCGCUUUGCUGAAAGUUGAUAAGGCAUUCGAGUUGAAUGAUUUUGUUAAAGUGAUAAAGUUACCUGCUAUGAAUUUGUAUCCCGUGGGAAAAGGAAAAAUUUCUGGCUGGGGUUCCAUUACUGAUACAAUAAAUCCUGAAUAUCCCUCGGUACUUCAUUCGGCCUUCCUUCCGAUUCAUCCGGAAAAAGUUUGUAUCGCAUUAUGGCGAAAUCCAGCCCUGAUGGACAAAACUUUUUGCGCUGGGACACUAGAUGGCGAUCGAGUGACGUGUUCCGGCGAUUCUGGAUCGCCCUUUGUUCAACUUGACUCGAGUGAUGGCGAGAAAAAACUUGUGGGAAUCGUUUCUGGCGGCGCUUGUGGCGUUAAAAACAAACCAAGUAUCUUUGUUCGAGUCGCUUUCUACAACGAAUGGAUCAAGGCUUCCUUUCAUCGAUAUCGCAGACAAAGAAUUUGGUUCAAUGGAUGGACAAAAUAAAAGAAAAUUUGUUACUCGUGUCACAAAAUAUAAGCCACUUACCACGAGAGAUGUUGUACAAACAAGUCGCACAUUAAUUGAUGUUUUAGCAAAACAUUUCUCAUUCCCAUUCAUUAUCGUUCUUCCGUAAAAACAUUGCAUGACAUACAACAACUUGUUUAACGCUUCAUUCGUUGAUGUUGUGUUGUGUCGUUGUUUGGCUCAAAAUGAAAACAUCAAAAUGUCCAUAGAGUAGUUGCCCGAUGGUGUGAUGAGAAAUUUGUGUGUUUGUGUGUUCGCCUCAACGCAUCAGAUGAAAAGUUGUGUAUUUUAUUAUGAUAACAUGGUUUUAACAUAAUUAUUUGACAUGAACAAGUUAUUCAAAUAUUCAUCGGGGCAUGAGUUCAUCAUCAGUGUUCGUUCGUUUUGCAGCAUUGCAGUAAAUAAAUUUGU